GUGAACAAAUGACGUUCAUGAGUGCGCAAGCGCGGAACUGUUCUUUUCGUUUUUCUUUUUAAACUUCCGCGGUCACCGCGUUUUGGUUUUUGUGUACACAGUCGAAACUACUGGAUCGUAUUAUUCUGCUCUUGAAAAUGAAUGCUGUGUGCAGGUUUAACAGCAGUGCUCUAACAAGAUACCGCCUGUGUUUUUGUGGACACUUCUCCGCCGCCGGAUCGCACGUGCCGGUGACAGUACAGUGCGCGGUGAAGUCCGUGUCGCAUUGGCCCCGCGGAGCCGUGGCGUGUAGCUUGCGCAUGUCAUCGGGCGCAUCGCGUCCCCCGCCGUCUUCAAGCCGGAACCGGAGCUCGGCCGGGCCGGUAACAUGGAAGUCUUUGGCACUGACACUUGCCUUUGGUGGAGCCUUUCUUGCCGGGAUGAAAUAUGUAAAGAAGGAAAAAGAAAAAAAACUCGAGCAGGAGAGGACUAGGUCCCUGGGGAAGCCAGCCCUGGGCGGCCCAUUUUCGCUUGUCGAUCACCACAAUCACCCCAGGAAAAGUGAAGAUUUCCUAGGGCAGUGGCUGUUAAUCUAUUUUGGAUUCACACACUGCCCAGACAUUUGCCCUGAGGAACUGGAGAAAAUGAUAGAGGUUGUAAAUGAAAUAGAUGGAAUAAAGUCUUUACCAAGCCUCACACCCAUCUUCAUAACAAUUGACCCUGAAAGGGACACUCCGGCUGCUGUAGCAGAGUAUGUGAAGGAGUUCUCCCCGAAGCUGAUUGGUUUAACUGGAUCCAAGGCUGAGAUAGAGGAGGUCUCCCGGGCCUAUCGAGUCUACUACAGUCAAGGUCCCAAAGAUGAGGAUAAUGAUUACAUUGUAGACCACACAAUAAUCAUGUACCUUAUUGGGCCGGAUGGAACAUUUUUAGAAUAUUUCGGCCAGAACAAGAGAAGCGCCGAGAUCUCAACUGCCAUUGCAACAUACAUGAGAAAACAGAAACUGUAAAAAUAGACAGUUUGCAUUUUUCAGAUUGAUAAUUAUGUUUUCCCCCCAUUUUACAGUUGAGCAAUAAUCUCUGCAAAGUUAAUCAAAGGAAUCUGUCAUUUACUGUGCAGUUUUGACUAAUUUAAAAGCAUAUCUCAAAUGAUUUCAUGAUUAAAGCUGUACUGGUGACUUCAAAGCUUGUUGGCAUUACUGCUUCAAGAAGUAAGGCAGACUGCAUGUAUUUUUCUGACUUGUAAUUUUCUCUUUUCUUUUACCAUUAUGUUUAGGUGGCUGUUAUCUGAUUACAGCUAAAUCUGUUUCUUGUCAUGCUGAGUUUAUUUCUGCAAAAAUAAAAUUCAGUAUUG